GUUGCUGAGCGUGAGGAUGAGCAGCUGAAUCGUCCUCGAGCUGUGGACUUACAUGUUCAGGUCCUUGAACCAGAGCGAGGGCGCUCCACUCUGAGAAUAAAGAACCUGAGACUGAGCGAUUCAGCCCAGUAUCGCUUCACAUUCAAAUCACAGUGGUUUGAAUGGAACAGAAGUUUCCCUGGCACAACUCUGACUGUCACAGAUCCAGAUGUUCAGGUGAUCUGUUCUCCGAUUGGUCCAACACUGACUUGUCAGAGCAGCUGUCUUCUCUCUGGUCGUCCCUCCUUUGUCUGGUACAAGAAUGGAACAGAAAUUCCCGGGGAAACGUCUCCAACUUUCAAGGGAUUCCUUCACCCUGAAAACAGCUAUUCCUGUUCUUAUGAGCAUCACCACUCGUCCCCUGUGUAUGCUCCGAAGGUUCCUUUAGUGCAGCUGAGUCAACCUGGAGACAUUCUGAAGGGCAGCUCGGUGUCUCUGACCUGCAGCAGUGAUGCUAACCCCCCCCCUGCAUACACCUGGUACAAGGGGAACCAGACUUUGUUCAACAGAGCAGCUCAGCUGGUUUUCAGCUCCAUCCGGUCGUCUGACUCUGGAGAAUAUUACUGCACAGCUGAGAAUGCUCUGGGGAAGACAGCGUCUAAACGUGUCUUAAUAAAUGUGAAAUAUGCUCCACAGUCCUCCUCUGUGUCAGUGAGUCCCUCUGGUGAGAUCAUGGAGGGCAGCUCAGUGACUCUGACCUGCAGCAGUGAUGCUAACCCAGCAGCUCACUACACCUGGUACAAGGAGAACCGAGCUCUGCUUCAAGGACCAGAGGGCGUUUAUCGUCUCUCCUCCAUCAGCUCUGGGGACAGCGGGGUCUACUCCUGCAAGUCUGAGAAUCAGUACGGACGGAUCAACUCCACGUCUCUACACUUAGACGUCCAGUAUGCUCCAAAGCCUCCCUCUGUGUCAGUGAGUCCCUCUGGUGAGAUCAUGGAGGGCAGCUUGGUGACUCUGACCUGCAGGAGUGAUGCUAACCCAGCAGCUAAAUACACCUGGUACAAGAGAAGUGGAGAUAAACAAGUUCAACGUCUCGGUGAAGAGACACAAUUUGUCCUCAGCUCCAUCCGGUCGUCAGACUCUGGAGAGUAUUACUGCACAGCUGAGAAUGAGCUGGGAAGGAGUUCAGCAAACAUCUUUAUUACUGUGACAUAUGCUCCAAAGCCUCCCUCUGUGUCAGUGAGUCCCUCUGGUGAGAUCAUGGAGGGCAGCUCGGUGAAUCUGACCUGCAGCAGUGAUGCUAACCCAGCAGCUAACUACACCUGGUACAAGGAGAACCGAACUCUGCUUCAUGGACCAGAGGGCGUUUAUCAUCUCUCCUCCAUCAGCUCUGGGGACAGCGGGGUCUACUCCUGCAAGUCUGAGAAUCAGUAUGGACGGAUCAACUCCACGUCUCUACAGUUAGACGUCCAGUAUGCUCCAAAGCCUCCCUCUGUGUCAGUGAGUCCCUCUGGUGAGAUCAUGGAGGGCAGCUCGGUGACUCUGACCUGCAGCAGUGAUGCUAACCCAGCAGCUAACUACACCUGGUACAAUAGAAGUGGAGUUAAACAAGUUCAACCAAAAGCAUCAGGACAAAAUUUCACCAUCACUGAUAUCACAGCUGAAUAUGGUGGAAAGUAUCAGUGUGAGGCCCAGAACACACACGGACGUAGUAACACCACCUUACAUCUGACUGUUGGAGCAGUUUUACCUGGAUCAUGGAGAUCAGCACUCAUUGGAUCAGCUGCUGCAGUUUUCCUCGCUGUGACUCUCCUCUCCGUGUUGCUACUGAUCAGAAAAAAGAGAAACUCUCAUCAAUCUGCUGAUCCUGGGGACAGACCUGACCACAGUGAGCAGCGUCUACACAAUCAGUCUGGGGAAAACUGUGACCUUAACUAUGCCAGUGUCCACUUCAUGAAGAGAGAGACGGAUCCCGUCCACUCCAACGUCAGAUCAGCUGAACCCAGCGAACACAAGGAGGCGGAGGAGGAGGUUGCGUACGCUUCUGUCAAAUUUAACAGAUCUGCCCCGAGGUGA